ACAGUGUUGGAGAUGACGUAACCCUCAGAAAUCCCCAUCGCCUCUCCACUUCCUCUUCCUCUUCCUCCCUUGCUCACUCACCAAGCAUUCCAGGCCCCAGAAGCAUCAAGACCCAAGAAUUCACGCAGCCCGGUCCACCGUCGAGGGUUUUCUGGCCAGCCGGCCAUGGCCGGAUGCUGACGGUUCUCCUGGGAGGAAGCUCGGCUUCAAAAUCUGGCGACAGCAGCUCGCUAGGGUGCCACGCAAUUCCACCCCUGCUCCACCUCCACAAGAUCUACAGCGGCCAGAGCCGGCGCUCCCCACCUGUUCGGCGUAAUGCCUAAGGAGCAAGCAACGGUCUCCCGCCGUUGGAAGGCGGCGCCCGAGGCGCGUGGCGGCGAGGGGAUCGACGCGCUGCCGGGCGAGGUCCUGCAGCACGUACUGUCCUUCUUGCCGGUGGCGGAGGCCGUGCAGACCUGCGUGCUGGCUCGGCGCUGGCGCGACCUCUGGAAGUCCAUGCCGGUCCUGCGCAUCACCUGCGAGGGCAGGAUUCUGAACCGGCGGGGCGUCAGGAGGCUCAACAAGUUUGUGAACCAUCUGCUGCUCCUCCGUGACCGCAGCGCGCCCCUGCAUGCGUGUGAGAUAGAGCUCAGCACUUUCCAUAGCCAGGAUGAACCGCAGGUCAACUUAUGGAUCCGGCAUGCUCUCUUGUGCCAAGCUCGAGUCCUCAGUGUUCAUUUAGGCCGUGAUAACAAUAGCUUCGAGCUGCUGGAGGACCUGCCUCUCGUCUCUCUGCACUUGACGAGGUUGGAGCUUUGCAACGUAGUGUUAAAUGAUAGCAUUCUGUAUUUUUCGAGCUGCCCAGCGCUGGAAGAACUGUGGAUGAGGGGUUGCUACGUCCAAGCUGAUAUGAUCAUGUCCCAGUCCCUAAAACGCCUGACCAUCCUUGACUGCAUAUUUUAUCCAAAUGAACGGACUCGGAUUUCUGUCCCAAGUCUAGUUACACUGGAAUUAAUUGAGUGCUGGGGGAGGACUCCUUUGCUUGAAAGCAUGCCAUCAUUAGUAACAGGAUCUAUUAAGCUUGCCGACUGUGAUGAUUGUUGUGGUAAAGAAGCUGGUGGUUCGUGUGUCGAUGUUACCUGUGAAAAUUGCAGUUCCAUUGAUGAUGACACUGGAGAUUGUGUGCUUCUCAAUGGUUUGUCAGAGGCUAAAAGCUUGGAGUUGAUAGCUGAACCUUGUGUGUUUAUCCUCAAAAGAGAUUUGAUGUGGUGCCCUACCUUUAGCAAGUUAAAAACCUUGUUACUCAAUGAUUGGUGUAUGAAGGCCAAUCUUGGUGCACUCAUGUGCUUUCUCCAACAUACACCUGUUCUCGAGAAGCUUACCAUCCAGCUUUGUCAGGCACCCAGCAGUCGGAUGGGGACUGAAGGAAGCUACAAUCUGACGGGACAACCGUUUGUUUUAUCUAACAAGCUUAAGGUACUUGAAAUCAAGUGUGAGAACAUUGAUGAGAGGGUUCACAGAAUUUUAACGUUCUUGAGUACCUAUAGCAUACAUGUUGAGCAAAUCAAUAUCCAGCAGAGUAUUGGAUCUUCUGAAGCCGCCAAGAUUCCGACGUGUUGAGCUUCUGCGCGUUCACGAUGGCCGAGAUGAUGCCGGGGAAGGCUUUGGUACCCCACCAGUCGUCCUGGUCCGACGAGGCAUAAAUCUGCCGAAGGAGAAAAACCAUUACUGUGGUUAGUUUCAGACUAACUUCGGAGUUCAGACAACUACAGUACUAUGUAACAAGCCUGCAGCUUUGAUGCUCAUCAUAUGUUUGGACCACGGUCUCCCUCCGAGCCACUCUUGGUUGGUGAAGGCUCGCUCCGCCAUCGUCCAUCGGUCGUUGAUCUCUUUGACUUUCAGCAUGCGUACCCUCGUGUUAUGGCCCUUCUUUUGUGCUUGCAACAUCUGUUGUCAUGAGGACGGCAGAUAGUCCAUGUUUCAAGUAAUUGUUGGAGCUACUUCUACAUGCCACACUUAACGAUAAUUUCAUGAAAAAAAUGUGUGUACCAAUCAAUAAGAAGCGAGUCUAUCAUGAAUUCAUGAUUCUGUUUCAGUUUCCUUGAUGAAACUGAAUUAGGGGAUUACCCUGUGUGUCUAUCUCAGUUGCCAGAAGAGAAAAUACCUCCAGUUCAGACACGUAGGGGACAUAAUUGAAGGGAAUGAUCUCAUCAUCUGCAAGUCUCAGUAAAAUGGGUUAGUCAGCGCUAUAGUGAACUUUCUGAAUUUGAAAAGAUAGCUCGCUCAGUACAUACUACAUGUCUGUGGAACAAAGGGUCUCCAAACUGCUCCAUCCAAUCAAAAUCAUCGUAUAGCGAGUGGUAGACAGGGUAUUCUGAAACUGCAAGAGCAACAAUAUUUACGGCAGAUGCUAGAGGAAUAAUAAUAAAGCGAGCAGUAAAUAUAUGGUUUGAUAGUCCACUGUUCUGUUUUUCUAAAUGAAUCAGAACAAUACUAUAGAAAGGGAGCACGGAUUUUCAGGCUUAUACACCACCAAAAGCGUUUCACUUACAUAAUCCAUAAGAGAUGUCAAGUGAAGGGACUCCAAUGUGCUCGACAAAAGCUGCAAAAUCUGUUCCUGCACCGGCCACUCUUGCAGUAUGAAAAUAGGAGCUUAAUACUUCAGUAUGUUUCAAUCAAAUGAAGCUCUCAUGAUCGCUCAUUUGUGCCAUGUAGUCAUACAAGGUAUGAGACGGAUCAUCAGGAUCGGGUACCUUCAAUGAAGGAAAAAAAAGGAUCAAAUAAUUAAAUAAAUUUGGAAUCUAUGUAGACAAGUCUCUAAUAUGUACUCAAUGCUGCUCAUGAAGUUUAAAUUCUAUGCUUAUAAAGGCUUUAGGUGCAGAACUAAAAUACCAUUCUGCUUGCUUCAUUGAUUAAUUCAUAGUUGUCGUGUUGCACGGGGCAUAAGACUUCCAGGCCCAAACAUUGACAUGUCUACAUUCAGAUAAGCAACACCUCUUGAAGCAAGCAUAUCCAUGUCCUCCUCGGUCCAUUCCGUAGACCCUAUCCGAGGCAUUGGAAUUUUCAACGCUUUAGAGCUUACACUUGCGGAUGAGAAAGCAUCUGAGAGCAUGCGAGCAAGAACAUACCAGCGCAAACUCUUCUGCAUCCCAAUUGCAGACGAUGAUUGUUCGCCUUGGCCUCCAUCCUUUAUUUUCUAGCUUGGACAGCCUCCCUGCUAUCUACAAACAAAGAUAGGGUAUUGGCAUUAUCCUCAAUUUAUCAAAGAUGCCUUGCAUUCAGAACAGCUUAGUAUUCGGUAAGGUUGAUUACCUCGAGCAUAGUUGCUGUUCUGCUGUUGGGAUCGACUGCCUCAAAUGUUUUUAGUACAUUUUUUCAUAUGCUGGCUACAGAAAGCGAAUAUAACCAAUGUACCAGCAGACUUUCAACAGAACAAGUACAUCACGAUUGUUUGGUUGCAACUGAUUUACCUCGUUUUGUGUUUGCCGUUUCGUGAGCUUAUGCCGUACAGAUUGAUCAGCAUCAUUUAUAACAAUUUCUCGUGCUAUAAGCUCAGCCACUAGUUUUGCCUGAGGCAACAACACAGAGAUAGUAAAUAUGAAUACUUAGUCCCAAUAAUACAUAGGCUAGCUUGCUCAUAUGGGGGGUAGGGACUGUAUCAUGGAGCACAGACCUGACUUAGUUUCUGAAUUGCAGCAGCAGCAGCAGCAGCACUCUGAAGCACCGGUGGAACGAGCGAUGGCGGCAGGAUAUGCAGUAGUGCCACGGAAUUGAAAGAUGGGCAGUCUCGCCGCCGCAGCCGCGGCGACCAAAUCCUCUGCAG